UGUCCUUGCCUGUAUAGAAUUCCAUUGUGUCAUAUUUUCCAGGGUGUGCAUUGGACCCUUAAUUUGUUUAUCAUAUACAAAUUGAAUAAGUUCGGUUUCGUUUCAACCAAAGGAACUAGAACUCACUUUUUGGCCUUCUCUGUUUGGCCUCACCUCUCCUUCACCACCUUCUAUGAUCCUUACUAUAUUAAAACCUCUCAACUAUUAACCAUCCCUCAGUGUAGCAAUCUUGUUCUCUUCUUCUCAUCUCAGCAUGCCAACCCAAAGGGUACCUUGCUGGAAAGAUAAGCCGGUAUUGGUAUCGGUUUAUGUGGAGAGGCCGAAGAGAAAGCCAGCUUCGUCAACUCAUCAUCAUCAUCACCACCACCACCACCACCACCAUCAUGUUCAUCACACCAUCAAGCGAGAGGUUAUUUCUCAUAGGGAUGGUUCUAGUGGCAAAGGCUAUACUACUAGUAGGAGAGCCGAGCUCCUUCAGUACUCUCAACGCCUUCGCCAAUCUGCUAGAACAGCUCUAGCAUCACCAUUACCAUCCAUACCCUCUGUUCCAAAUCCAAGCCACACCAGCAAUCCUCAACCUCAGGCUGAGGUUGUCACUGUCCCAACAAAGCCAAAGAAAGCAAAAGCCCCAACCUGCUUUGGCAACUGCGAAGUACCAACCAUAUUUGGGCCUCUUACAAGUUUCCACGCUAAGAAAGCGAGGAAUACAAGAAAGAAACGUGGCGGUAAUGCCAGCAAUAAAAUAAAAGCUGCUAUCAAAACAUUGAAGGUGCAAAAGCAACAGGCCUUCUUCUGCAAGUUGUUCUCAUCAUCAGCAAAGCGAGAGUAAAGCUGUAACAACCGAUGUGAUUUUGCACACACCAAACCACCCUUUUCAGUUGACAGAUGAGAGCCAUCUGAAUUACAUGGUGCAAAGGUGCUCCGGUCUUGUGUAUGAUGUUCAGAAAGAAAAAAAGAAAAAAAAAGCUACUGGGAUCUCUGCUGUCUAGUAUACUCCCAAAGAG